UGCACAUUGCUUGGAAAUUUCCACUUCUAUAUUUAUUCUCUCUCUAGUUGACGUCGUCUGCAGACCACAAUGGACGUCGCUGACACUUUAGCCGAUGGAAUCUUGGUGAAAUCGAGAGGGUAUCUUAUCCCUAAUGAUGUUGUGGCUGUUGAUGGUGGUAUUAAAGCGGUAGGACCACCAGUUCUUAAGCCCCCUCCGGCAAUAAAAUUACCUCCUAUUGAUCUUUCAGGAUCGUCUUGGGAUUUCCUUACGCAUUUCGCUCCAAGUGAAACAGUUCAGCGGCCGAGUUCCUCUUCUUCUGAUAAUAGCUGUGAUGAAGAGGAAGUGGAAACGGAAGAGACGGGAGGUAAGUUUAUCCACUUGGGGGUUACGGCUCACGAGACAUGCUCCAUCGCUAUAGACAAGGGUGACUCCUCAAGUACGGUAUCCAUUACUUCUUCGAUUUAUGCCUCUGGAAGAUCUAUCAUCACUUCUUGGCUGAAGGGUCAAGUUCCGGGACGAGCAUCAUUUAGCUCUGUUUCCUCCAUUGAUUCGGAAUCCACUUGCUCCUUUCUGACGCCCUCUUUGGAGUUCCCGGAUCGCGUCAGUUUCCGGAAAUUGGAUUUGAGUGAAGCAGGUCCUAGUCGACACGUUCGGGAAAAUCGUAAAUUGACGCGUUCCAAGUUGAUUGAAAAACUAUACAAUCCUGAGGAUAUGGUAUUAGUGACGUCUUGGCUGAAGGGUCAACUUCUGGGACGAGGAUCAUUUGCCUCUGUAUACGAAGCCAUUUCAGAGAUGUGCGUUUGGCUAAUGGAUGCUUAUGUGAAAUGUAGAAAUGGGGACUUCUUGGCUGUGAAGGAAGUCUCACUUCUUGAUAAGGGAAGUCAGGCAAAAGAGUGCAUACAACAACUUGAGGGGGAGAUUGCAUUACUUUGUCAGCUUCAGCAUCAGAAUAUUGACGGGUCAAAAUUGUACAUCUUUCUUGAGCUUGUAACCCAAGGAUCCCUUCAAAAACUCUAUGAAAGAUCCAAACUUAUUGACUCUGUCGUCUCCUUGUACACAAGACAAAUUCUUGAUGGUUUGGAAUAUCUCCACGAUAAAGGCUGUGUGCACAGGGACAUUAAAUGUGCAAAUAUAUUGGUGGGCACUAAUGGCGCCGUUAAACUUGCAGGUUUUGGGUUGGCAGAGGUGUCAAAUAACAUUACGUCCUGCAGGGGAAGUCCAUUCUGGAGGUUAUUAACCCCAAGCGUAAUGAUGGGUAUGGAAGUACUGCUGAUAUAUGGAGCCUUGGAUGCACUGUGUUGGAGAUGUUGACUGGUCAGAUCCCUUACUCUGAUCUAGAACCCGUUCAAGCCCUGUUUACCAUCGGAAGGGGUAAGCAUCCAAAAAUACCUGAUACUUUAUCACUAGACGCUCAGGAUUUUUCAUACUUAAGUGUCUCAAAAUGAACGCCAAUGAACGGCCAACUGCAGCCGAGCUGCUAAACCAUCCAUUUGUGAUAAGGCCCUUAUCCAGAGGAUCAACAGCUCCACAUCUCCGUAGAUGAGGCUGAUUUGAGUUAAUAUUACCUCUAUAGGCGUAAUCAGAAGAUUUGUGUGAGAUCAGAUGAGACUCCAUAGAAACUAUUGAGGAGAGUGGAGAUAUGAUUCUUCUUCACACUUGCGGUUUUGGGUUGCGCAGCCAAGAGCUAAGUUCCCUGGGACAUAUCUUCAAAUAAUAUAUGGCUCAUUUCAUUUGUUUGUUAUUCGUUGUUGUUUAUCUGUGUGUUGGGAUUAAUAUUAAAACUGAAGAGAUGAAUGGACAUAUUUUUAUUAUUAUUAAUUAAAAGUAAUAAAUAUGCAA